AUGGAUACAAGUUGGAUCGAUCUACCCACUAGCCACCCUAAAUAUAUCGAUGGAUGUAUGCAAUUCAUUGAGUUUGCCAAGCAAGAUCUAGUCCUAGGAAAAAUUAGAUGCCCAUGUAAGAACUGUAAGGUGGAUAAAUGGUUUCCGAUAAAUGAAGUAGAGAGACAUAUUUUGUUUAAAGGGUUUUAUAAGUCUUAUAAGAAUUGGAUCUUUCAUGGGAAAGGGGAUAUGGUUCAGCGUAUGUUUGAGAGUGAUGGAGGGAGUACUAGUGAAGGAUUCCCCGCACAAGAGGAUGAUGAAUGGAUUGAGGAACCAGUGACAUAUGAAACAGAUGUUGAAUAUGAUGAUUCUACAAUAGAAGAAGAUGCGACAUAUAAGAAGUUACUUGAAGCUUCUGAGGAGAGAUUAUAUGAGGGGUAUGCAUUUCCUCAAAUACUUGAUUUUCCCUCGUCUUAUUAUUACAAUAAGAAAAUGAUAAAAGAAUUGGGACUUGGGUGGAAGAGAACUAAGGGUAUGAGUGGCGAUGUAAGUGAUGGAGAUACAAAUACAUUGAAGAGAAGUGUGCCAGCUAAGGUAAUGCGAUAUUUUCCUCUUAUCCCGAGGCUAAAAAGAAUCUACAUGUCAUCAGAAACAACGGAAGAGAUGAGAUGGCAUGAUACAGAGAGAUUGGGUGAACAUGAUAAGAAGAUUUUGAGGCAUCCAUCGGAUGCCUUAGCUUGGAAAGCAUUUUAUGAGCGUCAUAGCGAUUUUGCAUUAGACUCUCGCAGUGUUCGAUUAGGUCUUGCGAGUGAUGGAUUUAAUCCUUAUCGUUUAAUGAACACCUCUUAUAUUACGUGGCCGGUGAUGUUGAUUCCUUUUAACCUUCCACCAUGGUUAUGUAUAAAACCAUCUUCUUUCAUUUUAUCCACACUUAUUCCCGAAAAAACAAGUCCCGGAAUUGAUAUUGACGUGUAUCUGCAACCGUUAGUGCAUGAAUUGAAAUUGUUGUGGACGGGGGUUGAAGCUUUUGAUGCUUUUGGUAGAGAGAACUUUAAUUUGCGAGCGGCUUUGCUUUGGACUAUUAAUGACUUUCCUGCCUAUUCAAUGCUUUCUGGUUUGAGCACAAAAGGUUACAAUGCAUGUCCAGUAUGCAUAGAUUUCACGCCUUCUGAUAGAUUUGGGAGCAAGAUAUGUUAUUGUAUGUAUAGAAAAUGGUUACCCGCAGAUCACCCAUAUCGAGCUCAAGGUUCCAUGUUUUGUGAGAAGUUCGGAACUAACGAGUGGGGUGAAGCUCCAUCUCUUCCUAGCGGGACUGAUAUAUUGAGGGAACAAGAAAAGGUCGAGUAUGUUUAUGGAAAUUCGAAGGCACCACAAAAAAAAAGAGGUAGACAAAGAGGUCAUAAUGAUAACAAUAAUAACAAUGAUGUCCAAGAUGAAAAUGCUUAUGGUAAUGAUAAGAGUAGAGAUAGUAGGGAUGAUCGAGUAGCCCUUAAACAUUGGAGGAUAAAGCCUCACCUUUGGCUUGAGACCAAUCAUAAUGGAAGCGAAUACAUGCCUCCGGCUUCUUAUUCUAUGUCUACGGAGGAGAAAGAGAGGUUCUUAAAUGUUUUGCAGAAACUUAAAGUUCCGGAUGGAUAUGGAUCCAACCUUUCUAGUUGUGUGAAUAUGAAGCAAAGGAAGUUGAUUAACCUCAAGAGUCAUGACAACCAUGUUCUAAUGCAAGAUAUCCUCCCCGUCGCCUUAAGAGCUUCUAAUGCUACAAAGGUGAUUGACUUGUUGGCUAGAUUAUCUUCGUUUUUCAAGAAGUUGUGCUCCACCAGAAUUGAUCUAGAUGAUUUAGAUGGUCUUCAAGAUGGAAUUAUUUUAACUCUUUGUGAGUUGGAAAAGGAGUUUCUGCCUUCAUUUUUUACAAUCAUGGUCCAUUUGUUGAUUCACUUAGUGGAGGAGGUUAAACUUGGUGGACCAGUGCAAUACAGAUGGAUGUAUCCCAUUGAAAGGUACUUGUCCCAUUUGAAAUCACAUGUAACCAAUAAAGCCCAACCUGAAAGAUCUAUUGCGGAAGGCUUCCUUUUAGAGGAGACAAUUAGGUUUUGUUUGAGAUAUCUUCAAGGUGUUAAGACUAUCUUCAACAUACCUAAAAGGAUGGAUGAUGACAUUCCAAAUCCCAAUGAUUACUUGUUUAAUUCGGGUGGUCGAGUUAUUGGGAAGGAGGUACAUUGCAUAGAUGUAACCACCGAAGAUGGAAAACUAAGAAGAGCGUUGGCGGGUGGUUUGAAUUAUUAUGGUAGAAAAUUAAAAGGAUUCAUGAUCAAUGGUUAUAAGUUCCUUUCCACGGAUCGCGAUUGUCGUCUUUUGACACAAAAUUCUGGAAUUAUGGUUGAAGCGGAUGGAGAGGCGUACUAUGGAAAAGUGAUAGAUAUUUAUGAAUUAAAUUAUUAUGGAGAUUAUAAAGUUGUAUGGUUUCGUUGUGAUUGGGUAGACAUUUAUAGGGGUGUAAGAGCCUAUCCAAAUGGAGGAGUAUGUGUCAAUUUUUCUAAAUUGAUGCAUAGCGGGCGAUUAUUGCAAGAUGAUCCAUUUGUAUUCUCAUCUCAAGCAAAACAAGUUUUUUACAUAGAAGAUGAGAUACAAAAAGGGUGGUGGCAUGUUGUUAAGAAUAAGCCUAGAGACUUGUUUGAUUUAGGUGAUUCUUUAGCGGUAGAGGAAGAGGGUGGAGCCGAUUGA